ACCUGAAUGCCUUUUUUUUUUCCCUCUCUGUCAGUAAGUAUGUCAGCGUGCAUGUACGAGUACAUAACGCGCGUGCCACCGCCUCUUAAUGAUCCCUCGAAGGAGAAGCGCGUGAAUAGCUCAGUUUUUCCGUUAUCACCAGGUUGUUUGAAUGUCGAGCUCCGCCCACUAAUUUCUUAUCCAACCUUAUCCGAAAGUAAACUUACUUUAUCUGAAGUCGAGCUGAGAGCUUGACGGCUGUGUGGACUAAUCCCGGCUGACAGAAACCUACGGCAAAGCCACAGCCCCAGUCCAGUCCUUCUUCUCUGCAAGACCAUAAAAGAAAAUUGGGCUGUUUUACCAGUUUGGGUGUGUAACCAUUCAUGACAAGAAUCACCUUUAUUCACCAGCCCAUAAUAUUUCCUGUAAAAGACCUUCAGCAGUAGAUGACAAAGGCGCUCAAGUAAACAUGGAGGCCCCCUAAGGACCGAUCUACUGAUGACCUGCAGGAUCCGGGUCAGUGAUGGAGGAUCUGCUGGCAAAAAGUGGAGGAACUGGAGCAACAGGCGGUCAAGGAAAGGACUCUCUUUUGUAGGAUGGUCAGAGACAGUCUUGACAAAUCAGUAGUUCUGAGCCAGAAACAGAAACCCAACGGAGCAGCGGAGAGCCAAAACCAACACCCUGAAGAACCUGCAGGACCUGAACGAGGACAGAGCCCAGAGAGAGUCAAAGCAGAAAGCACAGAGCCAACAGAGUCACAGCUUGAUUUACUGCGCUGGAGCAAACUUCACUUUGAGGAAGAACUCGACACCUGGCGCCAGCCAUUGUCUGGCGCUGAUGCUGAGAGCUUGCCCACGCACCUCCGUCCAUUCAGCAGCGCAGCAGAGUAUAAACUUGUGAAAUGCACCUACCUGCAGCUUCAGCACAGCGGCUACUACUGGGGAUCAAUGACCAUGGAGGAGGCACACAAUAUACUCACACGAGCACCUCUGGGCACCUUCCUCAUCAGGGACAGCGGCCAAUCAGACGUUUUCUUCACUCUGAGUUACCAAAGCGAUGACGGACCCACGAGUGUUCGCGUCCUGCUGAACAACCUGCUCUUCAGCCUGUACGGCAGCCACAGGACUUUUCCCUCUCUCUUUGCUCUGCUCACUUAUUACACGAGCUCAUCCUGUAAGCUCACUCUGCCCUAUCGAAAGCAGCGUCCAGAGUGCCUCAAGCAGAUGUGCAGGAGAGCUCUUACCCGUACAUAUGGAGCAGAAAAAUUAAGCACUUUACCUGGACUCAGCAGUCGAGAUAAAGACUAUGUCCAUGCUUACCCUCACUCUAUAUAGCAAGUAAGUGAGGACCACAGGAGAUUUUUACAUGUAAAGAAACUUUGUGUUUAUUUUUUUAAUGUAUAAUUUUUUAAUUUCAUUUAUUUAAAGGUUAUUUGCACUGAUUAAUAAAAAGAUAGGCUGCAUUUUACAAAUCACACAUGGUACAUAAUAUGUUUUAAUCAAUAAUACACAUUCAUCAUUGAUGUAAAAGGGGCUUAUUUCCAUCUGCGGCACCACUGCCUUCAUCAAUACAUAUCAUUGUAUGUACAAUAAAACAUAGGACUCGCUGCUAUUUAAAGCUGCAUAUAUUAGUGCCACUAGGGGGAGUACAACAAAGCAGCCUAAAGAGCUAACAGGCCAAAAGUUAAUGAUGAUAGUUCUCAAAUUCACUGUAAGCAGUUUGUUUAUUUCUUGAGAAGUACGCUGAAUGAAUGUCUAAAAUUUUCAAGCAUCGUGGUUGCAUUUCUGUUUCUAAUCUUGUUAUCCUAUGAUUGUGAAACUUACUUCAAACACACCCCUACUACUUAGCCCUAUCCCUAGGUUUAGGGCAUCCCGAUUCUUGUUAAAAUGGAGGGGUAGGGUGAAGUGAUGGGGGUACAUGGCCCUUGAAAUGAAGAGGAACACUCCAAACUGAAUGUUAUAGGAUCCCCCAGAAUACCUCACCAGUCAGCAGCAAGAUGGCUGCUCAAAUGACAAAAGAAGUGAACAAAUGUAGCUUUUUUUAACUACACACAAACAUAAUACACCACAAACAUAAUGCAAAUCUGCAGUUCUUAACGUAAAAAUCCCACAAAUGCAAUACAUUUCCCCUAAACAGCUGCCUACCUAAUAAACAUAGUAACAAAUUCCCCACAAAUAUGAAAACUCUUAUCGCUGCAGGGAUUUAUUACCUUUGUAAUAAAAAUCUCCGGCUUUUAAAAUUGUCACAAUUUCUCACAAAUGAAACGUGAAUGUGAAAAUUACAUUUUUGUGGUCACCUCUGUUUGUUGUAGCCUUUUUAUAACUGCCAAUAAGUUCAGGUCAGCUUAAGCUCGAGUCACAUCAAAGAACAAACUCAUGGCAGUUUUUUUUUUUUGUCCACCAUGUAAAAGGAAGUAGUUUCUUUAAGAAUCCUAAAACACUGAUAGAGCCAUGAAUCUUAACAGAGUGGAUUAAAAGUGCCAAAACAUCACUCUGAGGAUAAAUAAUAUACAGAAGCACUGUUCACCCAGCCAGUUUUAUUAUUUUAUACCCAAUAUUACUUUUUGGUCUCAGGACAUUUGUACCCUGUUUAUUGCUGUAAUAGGGAGAGCCAGCCUCGCCUUGUCCUGUGAGUUUUUUUCACAUGCAAAAAAAUUCUGUUUUUGUCAGCUUUCUAUGAAAUGCUAAAAUAGUUCUAUUUGGAUCACCAUCAGGAUUGGAUCAUCAUCAUCAGAGCGGAAUUUUGUGCUAAGAUUCAUGCCUACCCGUGGUUAAAGACUCUGGAAAAAUCUUCCCGUUUCAUGGCGAACAAAAAAUCCCCAUGACUAAAUUUUUGAAUGACUUAAGCUUAAGAUGGCUUGAGCCCACUAGCAGUUAAAAAAAAAGGCUCAACAAGCAAUGACCACAACUCUGAGUUUUCAUGUUCGCAUUACAUUUCAGUCAAGUUAAUACAAUUUUGAAAGCCUGAGAUUUUAACCUUCCCACAAACCUAAUAAAUCCCUGCAAAGUAAUAUUUGAUACAUUUGAAGUAGGUAACUACUAUUACAAGAAGAGCUGCAGAUGUGUAUUGUAUAUGUGGCUUAUUACAUUUGUGGGUAGUUACUACAUUUGUUACUACCCCUGCCCCUUUUAACUCUGGACCUCAUUCAUCAAUAUUGUCUCAUGUUUUCAGCAUGAUUAAAGCCUGAUCUGACAGCCAUAGGGUUUGAGAGGACAUCCAUCACACUGUAUAAGAAAAGGAUGCAUUCCAGUUUACAUGAAAAAUAUUUAUAUGUUAGGGGUGAAGAGAGGCAAUCACCAUAUUGCUAAAAGUCAACGUUGUAAAAUAAUAGAACAUCAUAAUGAAAUCUUAUUUUACAAGCUGUUUGACAAUCUUUAUGUGCCUUUGGACAGGGGUGGUUUUACUGUUUUAUAAAGGUUUAAUGAAAAACAAUCUCACAAAAAUGUUAAAUUUAAAUACAUUAUAUUACAUUUUGCAGUUAAGAUCAAGCACUAAAUGGUUAAACCAAAAGCUGACCAUAUUUCAUUCAUGUAUUUGUAUGUUAUUAGUUACAGUGAUAGAGAUUCAGUAGAAUAUAAUGACAAAUACAUAGUAUUGUAAAUUUCUUGAACCAGCAGAUUUUAUUGGAAUAUUUAUUUCAAACCCGUAAGAAAACUAAAAUGGUCCUUCAGACAAAGAAUUCAGACAUAAAAUGAUGAGCUAAAAACACGCAUGAAUGAUAUUACAAAUGUAGAAAGUUGGAACAAACUCUUUUAAUCCCACCCCUACUCCAUAAAUUAGAGAUGGUUAAUUUAAAAAAUACUUCCUUUAUUCAUUCAACUAUGUUUUACUUAUUUCAAUGAACUUUUUCUUAUGACAAGAUAGAAAUCUAUCACAAAAAUAUUUUUCUUUUUUUAUAUAAAAUUUAAUAGCCUUAGAUAUUGAUUUAUAUCAAAAACAUAAUCUGAUUGGUUUAUCCUUAUCAAAACAUGAAUUUAUGACAGAUAUGUGAAAUACACAAAUAUUUAUCCAAACUUAUUUUUAUUCAAAACAAACAUGUAUAUUUGAGUGCUGAUGAAAUGUGUUAGAGUGCACUCUAGUGCUCUUAGAUUUUGUUCCCACAUUAGAAUUAAACACAGAUAGGAAAAAUUAUUUGACUGUCACAAUGUUCUUGAUAACCUUGAAGGUGGUUAAGAAACCAGUUUCUGAAUAACAGUUGAUGAAUGAGGCCUUAUGGGUUCAUAACUUCAUUAUUUGGUAAAUUAUAGAGCAGUUUCAUAUCUAUUUAUAUAUAUAUUCAUCUGUGUGAAACAUUUAGGCAUGUUUGGGAAAAAAUUGAGUAGGGCAAAGAUGUGGAGAGAAAGCCCGCCUGCAGGCACUAUCAGGUGGGAGGGAGAAUUUACACAACCCCUGCCAAGCUCUAGAUGUCCUUGCAUAUUACCAGGGGCAUGGGAAAACAAUCUGUUUAAGGUCUUGACCUUUAGGGCGGAGUAGGGGUGUAUGUGGCGAGUUAGCACAGCUAGGGUACCUUCUGGGUGGGUGGUCGGUCUCCCGGCUUAUUACCAGGGUUGGAAAGGCCCGGACAAAAGAGGCCGUCGAGCUUAACCUUUGCUGCUGACGAUACACGUGUCAAGCUUGACUAUGCACCUUCAGCCCAUUUGUUCCUUCAGCCCUGGGUUGUGUAAUGUCGGGCCUCAAGGUGAAUCCUAGUGUCCUACAUACCUAAAACAUACUAUCCAUAAAUAUGUCUGAUUCUCUCCAUAUAGAGAGCGAUGUAUACACAUACAGGAAGUAGCGAUUGUUGAAUGCAGCCAUCGCAGAAAAACUGAUUGUAGAGAAUCUGAUAACUCAUUUCAGUAUAAGGAGAUCAAUACCUUUUCUUGCAAGCACAUCCUUUUUGCUUCUGCAGCGGUACUGUAGUUAUCACCAUAUGUGCUUUAAAAAUAUGUGUCUCUUUUUGUACCAGCCACUGAGUUACAUGGGGUAACUUUAUCUUCUGCCUGCUCAACUGUUUGGAAGAUUUGAUGAGAGCAGCUAUGAGAGAAAUGACAGAACUACAGUGAAACCAAAAAAUGUGAUGGAAAAAAAUAUUGAUAAGUGUAGUUUUAACCAUCCAUUAAUACUUGAAUCCAUUUCACAAGUGCUUUAGUUGUCAGUUAUGUGAAACAAUGAAAAAUUGUUAAAACGUGUGAUGUUUUACCAAAUGUUGUAAAAGAUGAAUAAAUUAAGUUUUUAGUGUGCAAAAUGUUGAAAAGCAUGUGAUCCCAUGGCUUAACAAUUUUAAAGACAUGGUGGUCAAUCCCAAAGCCCCAUGUAAAGAGUUUUAAGCAGUAAGGUUUGUCUUUUAUGUAGUGGAGCUUCAGAGAUGUUAGUCCUGGUUUGAUGGUCAUUUAUUUUGGUCCAGGCUUGAAUUUCAGCAUCCUUAUUGAGUUAAGGCUAAUCAGUAGAAUUAAACAUGUUAAACUAAGAGGGAAACAUUUGUAAACUCAAAAUAUUUAACAUAAACAUCUGCAGAAGUUUUUGUUGUUUAAAUUAUGAGUAACUUAGCAUGCUAAUGUUAGCAUUUGGUAUGAAUAACUGCUUCACAGACUUACAGCCACAGAGCAAAGCUUUUGUGCUGAAGCUGUAAGAGGACAUCCAUCCUGUAUCUUCUUUUUCUUUGCUUCAUGAGAGUUCAAAUUAAAGGCACAUGCUUUUUGUUGAGCUCUAA